UUUUUCAUUACUUGUUCUCAUUUUUUUCCCAGUACGUUGUAUCUUGAUUCCAACGACUACAUUACUUCGAUCUCAUGACUUAUAAUCGACGUACAUGAUAAGUCGUAUAGAAGUCGAGAGAACAAAUUGAAGAACGAGUUGUUAAAUUAUAUGCCGUUUAACAACAACAUUUUCUGCAUGAUAUUUCAUGAUCGUUUACUAAGUGUGUUUCAAUGAUAUUUUAUUAAAAUGGGAGACGAGAGAACAAUACAGUCAUGUAUAAUUUGAAUAUGCCUUAAUUAAGUACGUUGGGUGUUCCGGUAAUUCCUUUGUAAUGCUAAUGCGUUAUGCAACAGAUCUUAAUUAGUCACGUUCCCUUAUCAAAACUUAAUUAUGUAUACUUAUAGACAUGAUAGAUGAGGUCAAAAAGUGCUUGAACUCAUAAUUCUUUUGGGCCUGAACUAGUACUUUCAUUAGCAUGAUUAGGGAGAGACUUUAACAAUGAUUCAAUUUUCCAGUCUGUGAUCCUACUAUUGGGAUAAAGGUCUCAUGAUAAACGUGCAUUCACUUCUAAUUAUCUAUUAGUCGUUAGUUCAUUGACCAGCAAAAUUAAAGCAGAAUUCAUUCUUUAAAAAAAAGCAUGCAUUAACAAUCUCGGACGCUACUAUAAGAUAUUCUGGAAAUAUUUCUCGCGGAAAAAUUUACAGAUUCUCUAUUAUCUGCCACAACCAAAGACAAAGUUACAUCAUUAUUUGACGAGAAGGGAAAUAAUAAUGCCUACAUCCAAAUGUAUUCUCUCGAUAACGAACGUCAUUUUUGUUAGCUUUAUGACUUUGACUUUAUGGACAACAUCGCUACAGGGUGCUGAUGAUAUCUGCCCAUCUGGCUGGUCGCACUUCUCUUCAAAUUGCUACUUCCUUGAUACUAACGGGAUGACUUGGGAUGACGCUUUGGAAACAUGUCAAGGAUACGAUGCUUGGAUAACUGAGAUAACAUCAGAUGCAGAACAAAGUUUUAUUACUUCUUAUCUUGGUUAUGGAAUAGGUGCGUGGAUAGACUGCCGGGAUAGCAUCUCAGAGGGUGAUUGGCGGUGUGGUAAUGAUGACCAUCCAAUUACUUUUACAGGUUGGGCAGGAUCAGAACCAAACAACGCGGGUGGAAAUGAAGACUGUGUUGUAGUCUAUAACGGUCCCUGGUAUGAUCUUCCCUGUACAAGUCAGAUAUCUGCUCUUUGUAAAAAGUCUGCCACUACUAUCUCCAGCACGUCCAGAUCAAUGUUCUUUAAGAAGGAUACCUCAAACCCAGGAUACUGUCUCAGAAAUAAUGUAAUCAAAGAAAUUGACCAGUCUACCUUGACCAACUGUGGAGGGCGCUGUCUGAAUACUGGAGAUUGUGCCUCGAUAAAUUACUUCCCUCGCCGCGACAGAUGCCAACUCAACAGUGCAACUAAGACUGUGGCUUCUGAUUCUGAUUAUGUCGAGGUUUCCAAUUGUGAAUACUUUGAUAUUAUUUCAUAAUUUAUUCAGUAAUCUUUCGCGCAUUGACGUCGAGUGGGCUCGUGCAUUUUGUAUUAAAAAAGGUAUUGUAAUCAAAUCAAUUGGUAAAGAAAUUUUGUACCUCGUGUUGUGGGGCUCGUCUGUCCUUGACAUUGUAGCCCUUUUUUAUCUACAUAAAACCGUCAAACCAAACUAUUGAAUUUCCAAGAGCACUUUCAAGAGUACUUUAUCAAUUGAUAUUUAUAAUGGGAACUUUCAAAAUCUCAGUCUGACAUACUAUUGUAUUCACUAUCAAAUUACCGUUAUUUUCAUUUUCGAACCAAACAAAAAUAGAAAUCAUUAUCUGAAGUCAUUUGUAUUUGUUGAUUUUCUGAUCAAUUAUUGUUGAAUCAUCUUUAACAAAUAGAUAAAUUAUUACAAUUUGUUUGUCUUCUUCAAAAGUGACUUUUGACAAGAAUGGAUCGUGAUAUUUAGUUUCGCUGAUGCAGAAACGAGGCAAACCACUCUAGCCAUUUUAUAAAACGUUUUUUUUAUGAUGGAAUUAGUUUCAAUUUCCUUUUUUUGUACCCAAUAAGGUAACGGCACGAUCGCAAUGUUAUGUAUAGGACAUGCUCAAAUGGAUCUUCAUGACAUGUGUGCUGACUAAAUGAAUUAUUGCAAUUCAACGAUUUCAAGUUAUGUGUGCAUCCAUUACUCGAGAGCCUGUAAAAUCAAUUCGAAUAGAUGAGCAAGCACAUUAGAGAAUAAAUAAUAUAGUUUGCCCGACCGGUAAAGCGAAAUCUUCUUCACUAUUUAGCUGAAAUAAAUGACGGGUUAUAUUGUACCUAUUUAUGAUUUUAAUAAUUGCAUGGCUAAAUAGAUAAAUGUCAAUCAGAAAAGAUUUCCACCAUUUUGAGUUUUAUUCUAUUCUAUUAACCGAUGAAGAAUAUCUCGUUCAUUAUAUUCUGUAACAUUGUAACGUCUAUGUUCAUAUCUAACGCUGAUCAAGUUAUGGCGUUUAUCCCGGAUUAGGGCGUAAUGAAAAAAGAAACAUGCAGGAAUAUAAAAAAAGAAGAUUUAUGCCCUUAAUUGAGCAGUAUUCUUGUUUUUAAAUCAAAUUAAUGACUCCCUUACGUUUAAAAUAAAAGCUAUGUUCAUAUCUUAUGACGAUCAAGUUAUGGGUGUUUUUCUUGGAUUUGGGAUAUCUGGGGUGUGUUUUGGGUCUCGCUUGCACUGCGUAGUUUAAUAGAGCAGCAGUCAUGAUUUUCAGCCCUUGAUAAUCAGAUCCCAAGUUCAUUUACAAUAUGAUUAGACAUUUUUGUUAAUAUCGAACACCAUAUCGAUUCUUAAUUGAUCUCAAAUGACCUUUGUAACCAUUUACCCGAAAUGAUACUCAUCUAAUUUCUGAUACCUGCUAACCAUUAUCCAAAUACUGACUGUUAAUUUCGAAAUAUAUUCACGAGCUAUACAUUAUUCGCUUUUAGACCAAAGGCGAACAAUAUUCAACCCGAAGAGAUUGAAUGGUCAGCGAUUAUCGUGCAAUUAUGUAAGUUUUAUUCCUCCACGAAUCGUUUGCUUCCGUUAAUGGCAUGUCUUCCUCGAAUGUAUUUGUCUACAUUGAUUUAUUUCUUUGCAGAAUAUCACACCAGAUAUUCAAAAGAAUAUUUAAUGACAUUGCUGAAUAAGAGUCAAUAAAUAUUUCAAGCUGGAAACCCAUUAGACCUUUCACUUACACUUUCUUGCCAGCUAUGAAUUCAUUGGAGGA